CAUAUAGAUACGGCCCUGACAUUUUGUUUUUGUAUUCGCAUCAACUCGUGCAACUCUCCGUAGCAAUUGCAAGUUGUAGGAAAAAAAUGGUCGUCGACACGGAGCUCGAGGAGGCGAAAGAAGCUGUUUUACAGCUUAUGAAGGAGAAAGAAAAAAUUGAGGCUGAAUUGGCGUCGGCCAACAACAUUCUCAGUACCAAUGGCGUGAGUAUGACUGACGAGUUGACUGAUUCUCAAGGUUACCCGCGAAAUGACAUAAAUGUUUAUCAAGUGCGGCACGCUCGACACAAAAUCAUAUGUUUGCAAAAUGAUCAUAAGGCCAUAAUGCAAAAGAUCGAACGAGGCUUGCACAAAGUUCACCAGUGUGCUGGAAUUGGAGGUACUGCGAAUGCACAGGAGGAGACUCCGGCGACUUCGAGUGGCUUGCAGGAUGGGAACUUUUUGUUGGAGCCAUUUUUGAGAGUUAAUCUAGUGUCCCCUGGUUCGCCGGCAGAAUUAGCAGGUAUUCAAACGGAAGAUCUUAUACUGGAGUUUGGAUCGAUUACAAGCAGUAAUUUUAAUUCUCUGAAAGAUAUUGGAUCCAUAGUGGAAAACAGUAGAUAUAAAAAUGUGGCUGUAAAAAUCAAGCGUGGAUCUAAUACUUUUGCUUUGACUCUUAUUCCACGACCUUGGAGUGGAAAGGGCUUACUUGGCUGUAAUGUUGUGCCCCUGGAGUCAGUUGAAAGAUAAAUAAUAUAUAGUUUAAAUUUAAGCAUUUAAAGUGUUCACAUUCGUCCUGAAACUUGAGAUUCAUUAUCUAAGUGUAGGAUGUAAAUCUAUAUCACAUGUCUAUAUAGCUUAAUAAUAUCACGAUGGGAG